UCAUUAUAAACAGCAGUUCCAAAGUGUCUGUUAAACAAGCAAGUUUCUAUAGAAAAAACCUGAAUAAUUCUAUAUAUAAUAUAAUCAUCGAUAUAAAACACACAGAAACAAGGACAAUCGAAAAACAAAAGAUGAAAUCUGUUACUGUUGUUAUUACUUUGUUGGCUACUAUUUGCGGCGCUCUAGAUCAGGAUAAUUGCUCGGCUAACAUAAUGCGAGCUUGUUCUUCCUAUAAACUUUCUGGGCCCUCCAUUUGUAACUCCCGUUAUGGUGGCAUUGAGCGCAUCGAACCCGAAGUUCAAGCUUACAUAAACUCCAAUAUUAUUAAAUCAUAUGAAUACUUGUUGAUGGCUACCCAUUUCAACUCCCGCCAAAUGAAUCGUCCAGGCUUUCAAAAACUCUUCCAAGGCCUUUCCGAUAGUUCUUUCGAUGACUCUAUUGAGAUGAUAAGAGAAAUCUCCCGUCGUGGUGGCAAAGCCAACUUCAAUGUUAUCCAUGAUAGUCCAGCCUCAGUCAGCAGACAGGAAAUGGAUUUGGAAGUUGACGAAUUACACUCAUUGGCCAUGGCUUUGGAUACUGAGAAAAAAUUGUCCAAUGCUGUUAUCCAUGUCCACACGCGUGCUCUUCAUUCUCCCUCUGAUCGGGAUCCAGAAAUGGCAAAUUAUAUCGAAGAGAAUGUCAUAGGAAAACAUGCCGAAAACGUACGGAAAUUGAAUGGUUAUGUUAACAACUUGGCACAAUUGAUGGAAAGAGAUGAUGUCAAUAUGGCCGUAUACAUGUUCGAUCAAUAUUUGAAAAAUCAAUAAAUUUAUUUAAAAAAAAAAAUGUAAUGGAAUAAUAACAUAAUAAGUACAGGGAAUAUCAGCAAUAAAACUAAUUUACUUGAAAGUGUAUUAGUUGGAUAAAACCGAAUAAUUAUUACCAUCUUAAUAAAAACUCUCUAUCUUAAAAAUGUUCUACAUAAAUUUAAAUGAGAUACUGAAAAAAAAAUAAUUUUCAAUCCCUAUUCUCAAUUUAUACUACUGA